AGACGUUUCCCUGGCCUUUUCUUCGGUUCUCAGCGCACGGGCGCCGUUAAAGGGUCGGGGGAUUUCCCGGCCGGACCUUUCACCGGCGCAAAACACCCGCCCGCUCGUCGUCAACUUUCUCUCCUCGAUCGCGCUCGAAUCGUCGAGAGACGCGCGCGUUCCCGCCGAUAAGCAACGCGAAUAACUCGCGCCUAGCGAUAUCGCGUUUGACCGACGGGCUCUUCGAGCGCGCGCGCGCGCGCGCGGCCGUUGGUGUCUCUCCAUCAAUUAAGCGCAAUUGAACAACAACUGUUCCAAUCUCUUCCCUCGCCCGCACGGCUUUCGAUCCCGCCGCGCGUUUCUUUCGUCUCCGCUCUUCGUGCCGCGUGACUCAGCCGAGGAGACUGAUCGAUAGUCGCGGAUGCUCUCGGAACGAUCGUCGGUCUCGCGCGGCGCGCGACUCUUCGGGAAUCGGCCGAUCGAGAACAAUCCACGUCGACGGUGAUGGGCACGUUGGGAAGAGCGAGAGGACGGAGAGGAGAGAGGAUUCGCGGGGUGGACGUUAGAACGCGGUCGAUUCUGGUUUUUUUUUCUUUUUCUAGUUCUAAGAGUUGGAGGAAGAUGGAGAGUAAAUUGGACCGAGAUAAAAAGUUAAGCUACGCUGGUAGAAGUGGACACGAUUCGCGGUUUUUUCCUCUUUCGUACAAAUGGCGGGGUGGACUAGUUUACGCGACGGAGAGUGAAAAGACUCCUGGGAGUUCGAACCGCAUCAAAGGUACGCGGACCGUGAGGUCUGCAACGAGAGUUGCUAGUCGUGAAGCCUUGCGUCCACGAUCUGAGAACUGCGCCCAAGUUCCGGUUCUGAGAAAUGUGUAGCCAAUCAGCUUGCAGCUUUUACGGAAAACUACACUGGCUACAUAUUUCUCGGAACUGGAACUCGGACGCAGUUUCUGGAUCGUGGACGCAAGGCUCUACGCCCGUUUCUACCAAUGCAGAUUAACUUUAAUCUCGGCUUAAAUUACUUCUUGUCUUAGAAAAAGAUACAAAGUAAGUGGAACCAAGAUUGAAGUUAAACUGCGUUGGUAGAAACGGGUAUUAGCGAGAAGUCAGGUAGGAAAAGGAUCGGCAUGCAGUUUCGACCAAAGGCCUGUGUGUCCACGAUGCUAGAAACUUGCCCCAAGUUUCGAGAAAUGU